CCCUAAACCCAAACCGCCCGUCGUUUUUUCUCUCACAACCUCAAACCCAAGUACCAAGCUCUACACAUCAGCCAUGGACAACGUCUCAUCUUUGGAGUGCCUGAAAUUGGAUUCCCAGUCGGAGGUGCUCGAUAUGGUUCCCCUCAAUUGUGAUAUGCCAACAAUCGAUAUCAAGGUUAGAGAACCAAAGACUACAGAACUAAUUGAUGAACAUGAAGAACUAAUGGAUGAAGAUGAAGAUGAAGAUGAAGAUGAAGAUGAAGAUGAAGAUGAAGAACUAAUGGAUGAAGAACAAAUAAAUGAAAUUAAGACUUCUCUUAUUCUACACUGGGGCCCUCCUAGUCCUACUGGGAGAAAGGCCGAAGAAUCAAAGGCCGAAGAAUCAAAGGGUGAUGAAGAAUCAAAGGGUGAAAAAUUUGAGGGUGAAGAAUCAGAGGGUGAAGAACUAACACCUGAAGAAAUUGGUGAAUGUAUGUAUUGUUUAAAGGUGGGUGAGCACAUUACCCAACUAUGCCCUUAGCAGCAUCAUGUCCCAAAGAACGCAACUCUUGGCGAGGGUUGUGAGCUAAUUUGUAAGAUCUGCGGAUGCCGCUUUAUAGGCUCAUGUUGUGCUGAUUGUGGCCGAAGUGAAGGAUGCGCCAUUCUCAAGCAUUGUUUACUUUGUGGGAAGCUAGGUGACCAUUGGCCUUCUACGUGCCCGAAACACGAGGGGAAACAUAUUCCUUCUGCUUUUACUUGCAAUGAUUAUAAUGGUUAUUUUACUUUCAACCCUCGUGCUUUGAAAUAAUAGAGAAUGGAGAGUUAAUGGUACUCUAGAGUUAAAAGGAAAAGGUUGAUGAAGAUUAAAUGUUAAUGACAAUUUAAAUGAGAAAUUUUUAUUUUUA